UUUUAAGAAAAAAAAAACCAGAGAAAGAAAAAGAAAAAAGAAAAAGAAAAAGCCAGUCUUUAGUACCAACCUCUUCUUUCUUUUUUUUGUCUUCCCCAAAACAAUCUAACACUUCCAAUUUUUGUUUGAAAUCUGAAAAAAUACACAUACCCAAUUCAUUACCCCAUUAAAAACAACAAGAAAAAUACAGUCUUUCAACAAAAACAACAACAAAAGAUUGAUACUUUUGUUCUUGUUUUUGCUUGUUUUUAUUACCUUACACCCCACUUUUUCUGGGCUGUUUUUGUUUUCUCUUUUAAUCUUCAAGAACAUGAAUUUUUUGUCUCAUGAUAAUGCAAUAAGACCAAUAAAAAUGGAGUACCGGUAGAAAAAAAAGUUGUGUUUUCUGUUUGUUUAGAGAUAGAAUGAGCAAAGAAAAUGGAGGGUUUGUGAAGGGUUGGGAAGCAUCAGUAAGAAAAUCACAAGCUGCAAUAAAAAAGAGAUCAAAUUCACUCUUCGGAACAAUGAUGUCAGCAGCAGUAGCUCAUGCAGACGAUGAUGAUCCAUCUUCAACAGAGUCCUCUGUGAUUCACACAGAGAAAGUUUUCACCAAUGGUGAUUUUUACACAGGCCCUUGGCUUGACAAUCUCCCACAUGGCCAUGGUAAAUAUCUCUGGACAGACGGGUGUAUGUAUGUGGGGGAAUGGUAUAAAGGUAAAACUAUGGGGAAGGGUAAGUUUAGUUGGCCUUCUGGUGCUACUUAUGAGGGUGAUUUCAAAACUGGUUAUAUGGAUGGUAAAGGGACUUAUACAGGCUCCUCAGGGGAUACUUAUAGAGGUGCUUGGGUGAUGAAUUUGAGACAUGGACAUGGUUCUAAAAGCUAUGCUAAUGGGGAUUAUUAUGAUGGGGAUUGGAGGAGAGGGUUGCAAGAUGGUCAUGGUAGGUAUCAAUGGAAGAAUGGGAAUAACUAUAUUGGUCAUUGGAAGAAUGGUGUCAUGAAUGGGAAUGGGACUAUGAUUUGGAGUAAUGCUAAUAGAUAUGAUGGUUUUUGGGAGGAUGGUUUGCCUAAAGGAAAUGGUACAUUUAGAUGGUCUGAUGGGAGUUUUUAUGUUGGAGUUUGGAGUAAAGAGCCUAAGGAACAGAAUGGGACUUAUUAUCCUUCUGGUGCUUUAUCAGGGAAUUUGGAAUGGGAUCCACAGGAUGUGUUUCUGGUUGAGUUGAAUGAUUGUCAGAUUUCGGUUUGUGAGAAGAUUUCGAUUUUUCCUUCGCAGAAGAUUUUGAAUUUGCCUGGGGUUGAUCAAGGUGGGAGUGUUAAGCCUAUGAGAGGGAAUGCUGAUGAUGGAAGGCCAAGGCGUAUGUCUGUGGAUGGGAGGUUGAGUAAUUACAGUGUGGCUUCAAUGGAAAGUAAUGAGGGUUAUAAUGGUGGUGUGGAUGUUGAUUGGAGAGAUGGAGAGGAUGAUUUUGGUCAAUUUGAUGAUUUUGAAACAAAAAUGCAUAGAUUGAAUAUGCAGUCUGGGAAGAAGCAAGGCCAGACUAUUUCUAAAGGUCAUAAAAACUAUGAUCUCAUGCUAAAUCUGCAGCUGGGAAUCAGACAUUCAGUAGGAAGGCCUGCUCCUGCUAUAUCUCUUGAUCUUAAGGCUUCCGCUUUCGACCCCAAGGAAAAAGUUUGGACUAAGUUUCCUCCAGAGGGAUCCAAAUACACUCCACCUCACCAGUCUAGUGAUUUCAAAUGGAAGGAUUAUUGUCCAGUUGUUUUCAGGACUCUCAGGAAAUUGUUCAGUGUGGAUGCAGCUGAUUACAUGCUGUCGAUAUGCGGGAAUGAUGCUCUUAGGGAACUUGUCUCCCCCGGAAAAAGUGGCAGCUUCUUUUACUUGACAAAUGAUGACCGCUACAUGAUAAAGACAAUGAAGAAGUCGGAAGUAAAAGUCCUCUUAAGGAUGCUGCCAGCUUACUACAAUCAUGUCCGGGCAUUUGAGAACACUUUAGUUACCAAAUUUUACGGUCUUCAUUGCGUGAAGUUGGCGGGUCCGAAUCAAAAAAAGGUACGAUUUGUCAUAAUGGGGAACCUUUUCUGCGCGGAGUAUACCAUUCAUAGGCGUUUUGACUUGAAAGGUUCAUCCCAUGGUCGAACUACUGCUAAACCCGAGUCAGAAGUUGAUCCAACAAUGACCCUCAAAGAUCUUGAUCUCAAUUACAUCUUCAGAUUGCAAAAAUCUUGGUUUCAAGAGUUUUGCAGGCAAGUUGAUAGAGAUUGCGAUUUCCUUGAACAAGAGAGAAUUAUGGAUUACAGUCUCUUGGUGGGUAUUCACUUUCGAGAAACUUCGUACAGAGAAGCUGCGGCGACACCACCUCGUUUAUCUGGAGUUCGGACUCCUACUGGCCUACGCACCCCCACCGGACUUCUAACUCCCACUGGACUUCGAACUCCGACAGGCAAUUUUCUUUGUGCAGGAAAUUUAGAUACUGAUAAUGAUUUAGGAGCAUUACCACGCCUUUCUAGAGUAGACAUGGAUAAGCUUCUAUACGAUCCGACUCGAUGGGCAUCCAUAAAACUAGGCAUUAACAUGCCAGCGCGAGCUGAAAAGACGGUCAGAAAAAGUAUAUGUGAAGCUCAGCUGAUCGGAGAACCGACGGGAGAGUUAUACGAAAUAAUUUUAUCUUUUGGUAUAAUAGACAUACUACAAGAUUAUGAUAUAAGCAAAAAACUUGAGCAUGCAUACAAAUCAAUGCAAUACGACCCAACUUCGAUCUCUGCUGUCGAUCCAAAACAAUACUCGAAACGAUUUAGAGAUUUUGUAUUAAGAGCUUUUGUAGAAGAUACUUGAAGGGCCAUCAAGAUUGAGCAGACUCUUCAACUAGCAAUCUCUUAUUAAGUUAUAUGGUUACAAACAAAAGAUGUAUAUCUUAGGAAAAAGGUACAGAUUAGUGUGGUAAAGCAGAGUUACUGUAAAUCAGUUAACCAGGUGAAGAACCUAAUUAUUGAAAUUGAUUCUUUUUGUAACUACUUGUUUUUUCUUCAAGAAACUGACUAGAAUUCCAUGGGGUUGGGGUUCUGCAUUUGUACAGGAGUUGUAAUGUAAUGAAACUAACUUUUAGGGUCUUUUUUGAAUCUUGAGAAAUAAAUUAUUUCUUGAUCAUGUAUUAUUAGUCAUCCUUCAA